AUGGCAGAAAAACCCGCUUUUCAGGUCAUUGUCUUGGGUCCUAAUGGCGGACCGCGUGAAGACCGCGUGACCGGUCUCCUCGUGCGGUCCACGUCUAUGAAUUGGUCUGCCGGCUCCGUCGUUGCUGUAGAUGCUGGAACUCUUCUCGCUGGAAUCAUUCGAUUGCUGAAGCGCUUUCUUCCGGAUUCGAAAGAUGAUAAUGGCGUGAUGACGGAAGGGCCCUUCAAGGGCUUGGAACUGCCUUUCGAAACAGCAGAAGCCAAUGCUGCGCAUUUUUUUCGAGAAAUUAUUGGCGCUGUCCUCAUAACGCACCCCCAUCUGGACCACAUCUCCGGCCUGGCGAUCAAUACGCCGAUCCUGGAGGCGGGAAGUGGGCCGAAACCCGUCGCGGCUUUGCCGUCGGUACUAUCCGCAAUCAAGAACCACUUGUUUAACGACAUCAUUUGGCCCAAUCUGUCAGACGAAGAUGGAGGCGCCGGCUUGCUCACGUACCAACGCUUGGUAGAGGGUGGGAACUCCAGGUUCGGCAGUGGGGAAAGCAGGGGUUAUGUCCGCGCCUGCAAUGGCCUGUUGACCAAGUGUCUCGCUGUCAGUCAUGGUCGGUGUAAGCAGCGAUAUCCGCCUGAAAGCGCUGCGCAUCAUCGAAUAAGCAGUACUAUGUUCGGAUCGGAUCAAUUGAUGCUGCCUUCUCGCGCAAUUUCGGUGGAUCAUACUGAUGGAAGUUUCUAUUCUCCCGCACGUUCGCCUCGUCUCAUACCCGCCAAUCCAAAAGAGCCAAUCAUGUCUACAGUUGAGAGCUCGGCAUUCUUCCUUCGGGACCACCGUACCAGCAAAGAGAUUAUCGUAUUCGGAGACCUGGAGCCGGACACAGUCUCAUUUGAACCACGCAACAAGCGCGUCUGGGAGAUUGCUGGGCCUAAAGUCGCUGCAGGCACACUGCGCGGUGUUUUUAUUGAAUGCUCCUACAAUGACGACGUUGAUGAUGCAUAUCUUUACGGCCACUUGUGCCCUCGGCAUCUGGUGGCCGAAUUGACCGUGCUAGCCGCAAAAGUGAUGGAAGUACGCGAUUCUGAAUCCGCCACACCGACAGACCGAAAACGCAAACGAAUGAACACUAGCUUUGGCGCCGACGCUGGCACCCCUGAGCAAGUGAGUCCACGAACAAAGCGGGCCUCCAAUCCAACUAGCGAGAAAGGGCAGAAAUUGGAGUCUCAGCCAGGCGAUUACGUUGGCGAACUCCCCGAAAACUUCGGUGAAGACCCCGACAGUAAGGAUGUCGAAGUGCCUAAUACGGCGCGCUGGGCGGACGCUGAUCCUUUACCGUUGACCGGGCUCUCCGUUUACAUUAUCCAUAUCAAAGAGACUCUGACCGAUGGUCCGCCUCCGGGAGACCGAAUUCUCCGUGAACUCCAGGCACAUGCCAGGGAGGCUCAUCUGGGCUGCGAUUUCUUCAUUCCCAAUCCGACCGAGCCCAUUUGGAUUUGA